AUGUCCUUCCAGGGUGUCGUCCGCCUGUCCCUGGACAGCCCCGCCCAUGCCAUCUGUGUGCUGGGGACAGAAGUCUGCCUGGAUCUGAGUGGGGGUGCCCCGAAGAUGUGUGACUGCUUCACUAUCCGUGGCUCCCAGAGGGUCGUGAUCCAUGUCGCCAACACAGUGAUUUCCGAGAAGGAAGAUGCCACCGUCUGGUGGUCCCUGUCUAAUCCCACGCACGCCACAGUGAAGAUGACAUCGCCCAGCCCUUCUGUGGAUGGAGACGAGGUCUCGGUCACCUACUAUCAGCCCAACCAGGAAGUCGCCGUGGGCACGGCUGUGCUCUACCUCACUGGCAUCGAGGUCUCCCUGGACGUGGACAUCCACCGCAGCGGCCAAGUCAGGAGGCCCAGUGACAAACAGGCCAAGAAAAAAUGGGUGUGGGGUCCCCAUGGUUGGGGUGCCAUCCUGCUGGUGAAUUGCAGCCCUAUGGAUGCAGGCCAGCAUGAGGACAAGAAGACCAAGAAAGUGUUCUUCUCAGAGGAAAUGAAGAAUCUGUCCCAGAUGACACUGAGUGUCCAAGGCCCCAGCUGCGUCUUAAAGAAAUACCGACUGGUCCUCCACACCUCUGAGGAGGAGUCGGAAAAGGCGAGAGUCUACCGGCCCCAGAAAGACAGCUCUAGCGUGUUUGAGCUGGCACUGGGGCCCGGCCAGCACUCCUACACCCUGGCCCUCCUCGGGGACCACCUGAAGGAGACCCUGUAUGUGGAAGCUAUCGAGUUCCCAUCUGCCAGCUUCUCAGGCCUGAUCUCCUACUCUGCCUCCCUGGUGGAAGAUUCUCAAGACCUGUCAGUCCCAGAGACCCCAGUGUACCAAGACACGGUGGUGUUCCGAGUGGCCCCGUGCAUCUUCGUUCCUAGCACCCAGAUGCCUCUGGAGGUGUACCUGUGCAGAGAGCUGCAGCUGCACGGCUUUGUGAACAUGGUGACGGAGCUGAGUGAGAAGAGCAACAGUCAGGUGGCGUCUGUCUACGAAGACCCCAACCGCCUGGGCAGGUGGCUCCAGGACGAGAUGGCCUUCUGCUACACCCAGGCUCCUCACAAGACGGUGUCCUUGGUCCUUGACACCCCUCGGGCCGUCUCACUGGAAGAGUUCCCCAUGAAGUACUCCCUGAGCCCUGGUGUCGGCUACGUGAUCCAGGGUACCAAGGACCACAGAGUGGCCAGCAUGGAUUCCAUCGGGAACCUGAUGGUGUCUCCGCCCGUCAAGGCCCAAGAGAAGGAAUAUCCCCUAGGCAGGGUCCUCAUUGGCAGCAGCUUUUACCCCAGCGCAGAGGGCCGGGCCAUGAGCAAGACCCUCCAGGACUUCCUCCGUGCCCAGCAGGUCCAGGCCCCAGUGGAGCUGUACUCAGACUGGCUGAUGACCGGCCAUGUGGACGAGUUCAUGUGCUUUAUCCCUGUGGAUAACACAAGCGAGGGCAAGGGCUUCCGGCUGCUCCUGGCCAGCCCCAGCUCCUGCUAUCAACUGUUCCAAGAGAAACAGAAGGAAGGCCACGGCAACGCACUCCUGUUUGACGAGGUUAGGACAGACCAGCUUCUUUCUAAUGGAAGGGAAGCCAAAACCAUCAACCAGCUUCUCGCUGAUGAAAGCCUGAGGAAGCAGAAUGCGUAUGUGGAGAAGUGCCUCCGCCUGAACAGGGACACCCUGAAGGUGGAGCUGGGCCUGGCGGAGGAAGACAUCGUCGACAUCCCCCAGCUCUUCUGCCUGGAGCAACUCACCAACGUGCCCUCUGACCAGCGGGCCCAGAGGCCCUUCGCGAGGCCGUACUUUCCUGACCUG